AUGUCUUUCUUUCUUUUUUCUUUCUUUCUUUUUUGCUUUCUUUUUUUCUUUCUUUCGUUCUUUCUUUCUAUCUCUCUUUUUUUGCUUUUUUCUUUCUUUCUGUCAUUGUGUUACUUAAUUCAUGUCUUUCGUUCUUUCUUUCUUUCAUUUUUUCUUUCUUUUUUCUUUCUUUCUUUUUUUUUUUCUUUCUUUCUUUUUCGCUUUCUUUCUUUCUUUAUUGCUUUUUUAGUUCUUUCUGUCAUUGUGUUACUUAAUUCAUGUCUUUCUUACUUUCUUUCUUUUUUUCUUUCGAUCGUUCUUUAUUUCUUUCUUUUUUGCUUUUUUUCUUUCUUUCUGUCAAUGUCUUACUUAAUUCAUGUUUUUCUUUCUUUCGUUCGUUCUUUCUUUCGUUUUUGCUUUCUUUUUUCUUUCUUUCGUUCUUUCUUUCUUUCUUUCUUUUUUGAUUACUUUUUUCUUUCUUUUUUACUUUUUUUCUUUCUUUCUUUCUUUUUUUGCUUUCUUUCUUUCUUUCUGUCAAUGCGUUACUUAAUUCAUGUCUUUCUUUCGUUCGUUCGUUCUUUCUUUCUUUUUUAUUUUUUUUUUUUUCUUUCUCUCAAUGCGUUACUUGAUUCAUGUCUUUUUUCUUCCUUUCUGUCAGUGAUUUAUUUAAUCCAUAGUGGGGGAGCACGCACAAUUAUUAUAUGA